AUGGCGAAAAACUGCUUCGACCUCAAAACGAUGACGUAUUCCUCACCAAGACAACCCAUCCACCUUCCCACUGAUCCUAAUCUCUCCCUAACCUCCUUCCUCUUUCAAUCCACUUCCUCCGUCCCCGAUACCGUCGCCCUUGCGGAUGCUCAAACCGGCGACUCACUAACCUUCCGCCAACUUGAAACCCAAGUCACUGCCGUCUCCCGCUCCUUACUUCGCCUCGGCAUCCAACGAGGCGACGUUGUUUUGCUAUUUGCACCUAACUCGAUACGCUUCCCUGUCUGCUUCCUAGCUAUAGUUUCCAUCGGUGCUAUUGCCACCACAUGUAGUCCUUUAUACACCGUCUCCGAACUCUCCAAGCAAAUCCAAGACUCCAAUCCCAAACUCGUCUUUACCGUAUUGGAGCUUCUACACAAAAUCGAACCAUUACCCUUGAAUUUACCUGCAAUAUUGCUUGACGAUACUUCAAGCAGAAUAUUUUCCUCGAAUAUAUUCAGUUCUUUGGUUUGGGACUAUGAGGAUAUUAUCGGAGUGUCGAACGAGAGCUCCGACGAGCUUCCGGCAAAUGGUAUCGUUUCGCAAUCCGACGUGGCAGCGAUUCUUUACUCUUCAGGAACCACGGGGAGAAGUAAGGGAGUAAUGCUGACUCACCGGAACUUCAUAGCAACGGCAGUGGCAGGAACGGCGGAUCAGGUUUUUUAUGGUGAGAGGAACAAUGUGUUCUUAUGUCUGGUGCCAAUGCACCAUGUGAUGGGAUUGGGAGUGAUAACGUACACGCAGCUGCGGAGAGGGAAUACGGUGGUGAUGAUGAGUAAAUUUGAUCUGGAGAAGACUUUGGCAGUUGUGGAGAAGUUUAGGGUGACGCAUUUGUAUGUUCCUCCAACGGUGCUGGUGGAGCUGGUCAAUCAGCGUCACAUUGUGAACGGUUAUGACUUGUCGUCGAUGAAACAACUCGCUGGAGGUGCUGCUCCUGUAGGGAAAGAUUUGAUGCAAGAGUGUGCUAAGAUUCUACCCCAAAUUGAAAUCAUUCAGGGGUAUGGCAUGACUGAAGCAUGUGGACUUAUUUCUAUGGAAAAUCCAAACGAAGAAGGGUUCCUUUCUGGUUUAGGUUCAACUGGGACACUGCUUCCUAGUUUUGAAUCCCAAAUAGUUAGUUUGGAAACAUCUAAACCCCUACCACCAAAUCAAGUAGGAGAGAUUUGGUUACGAGGAUCUACUAUGAUGAAAGGAUACUUCAACAAUCCAGAAGCAACAAAACAGACAAUUAAUGACGAGGGUUGGAUGAUUACUGGAGAUCUUGGAUAUUUUGACGAAAAGGGACAACUGUUCGUAGUGGAUCGUAUAAAAGAGCUCAUCAAAUGUAGCGGGUAUCAAGUGGCUCCAGCUGAACUUGAAGACUUAUUGAUUUCUCAUCCUGAAAUUUCUGAUGCUGGGGUGAUCCCAUCCCCUGAUGCCAAAGCUGGUGAGGUUCCAGUGGCUUUCGUUGUUCGCUCACCCAAUAGCUCGAUAACCAAAGAAGACAUUCUGAAGUUUGUAGCAAAACAGGUUGCACCAUACAAAAGGUUGCGGCGAGUGACUUUUAUAGACAAGAUUCCAAAGUCACCCACUGGAAAGAUCUUAAGAAAGGAUCUUGUAAUUUUGGAUAGACAGUUGAUAUCAAAGCUAUAA